AUGUUGUUUUCAUAUACAGUACAAACGCCAGCUCCUGUAUACGAUAUUAAAAUUAUACAAUCGGAUUACUCAGCACAAGUGAUAUGGAAACUACAAACGUUCGACUCAGUUUCUAGUAUUAUAACACAGAUCGUUAUACAUCUCAACGGCACCAAGCAUAAGAAUAUAUCUCCACGAACUCAAUACAAUAUUACUGGACUUAAUCCGUACACUGCGUAUACUGUUGGAAUUCAGACUGUACAGGGUGAUUUGCAGAAAAGCCGAAUAGUUUCUGAAAACUUCAAGACCAAUGAAGCAGGUAAAUAUAGCAGAUAGGAAGGUUAAAGCUUAUUCUUGUUGCACCGACAGCCUUACAUUUUACAUCUUGGUGUAUCGAUAACCUUAGUUCACCUUCUGGCCAAGCGUUAAUUUUGACGACUCCCUUUCUUCAAAAUAUUUAGGUUAAGAGCCAUGAACUGUCAUAUGUAUAAACCUAUAAUAGACCAUUUUUCUUGAUUGUAGUUCCUAGUGGACCUCCAUUGAAUGUGACCUUCACAUCCCGCGGUAAAUACUCACUGAAUGUGUCUUGGAAUGCUCCCAACGAUAAUUUAUGGAAUGGUAAACCGACGGGAUAUUUAGUCUGUUAUUCAAGUCGAGCAAGGACAAAUAAUCCGAGAUGCUAUGGAAGGACUGCAGCUUUGUCACUAACUAUCAAUAAUCUGCAACCUUCUACAGAGUACUUUGUUACAGUCUCGGCUGCUACAAGUGUUGGUGGUGGAUUGAAAAGUGCGGAAAUCAGUAAAAUAACGAAUGGAG